CGCACCAGCGGCCUUCGGGAGCGCUUCCGCCUCCCCACCGCCGCCGUCGCCAUGGCCGCGCCGGCCCCGGGCCUCAUCUCGGUAUUCUCGAGCCCCCAGGAACUGGGUGCGUCGCUAGCGCAGCUGGUGGCCCAGCGCGCAGCAUGCUGCCUGGCGGGGCCUCGCGCCCGUUUCGCGCUCGGCCUGUCGGGCGGGAGCCUUGUCUCGAUGCUAGCCCGCGAGCUGCCCGCCGCCGUCGCCCCUGCCGGGCCCGUCAGCCUAGCUCGCUGGACGUUGGGCUUCUGCGAUGAGCGCCUCGUGCCCUUCGAUCACGCCGAGAGCACGUACGGCCUCUACCGGACGCAUCUUCUCUCCAGAUUGCCAAUCCCAGAAAGCCAGGUGAUCACCAUUAACCCCGAGCUGCCUGUGGAGGAGGCCGCUGAGGACUACGCCAAGAAGCUGAGUCAGGCAUUCCAAGGGGACUCCAUCCCAGUUUUCGACCUGCUAAUCCUGGGGGUAGGCCCUGAUGGCCACACCUGCUCACUCUUCCCAGACCACCCCCUCCUGCAGGAGCGGGAAAAGAUUGUAGCUCCCAUCAGUGACUCCCCGAAGCCACCAACGCAGCGUGUGACCCUCACAUUACCUGUCCUGAAUGCAGCACGAACUGUCAUCUUUGUGGCAACUGGAGAAGGCAAGGCAGCUGUUCUGAAGCGCAUUUUGGAGGACAAGGAGGAAAACCCGCUGCCCGCCGCCCUGGUCCAGCCCCACACCGGGAAACUGUGCUGGUUCUUGGACGAGGCGGCCGCCCGACUCCUGACCGUGCCCUUCGAGAAGCAUUCCACUUUGUAGCUGGCCAGAGGGACGCAGCAGCUGGGACCAGGCACACGGCCCCAGGGGCUGGGCCUCUGUUGGCCGCCGUGAUCCAGGCUCUCGCUGGAAAAAGCCUCGUGGUGCUGCUGGAAGCCGACAGACUCUGGCCACCAGCCCUGCCCGGGGCUCAGCACACCGACCGUGGCUCUGGGCAUCUGGAUAUUAAAAGGAGCGUUGCUGGAA